AUGCGCCAAAUAGCGUUAACACUAUUUCUCACUUUUCUGCUUUCUUUCUCACAAAAUGCAAGCCGUUUCAGUGCUAACUUCAUUUUUUUCUCACCAAACGCGAGCCAGUUGAGUGCCACCUUCAUCGCAGAGUUUGAGUGUCAACGAGGAAAACUCUCUCUCAUUAGAAACUCUCUCACCAGCGUCAAUAGAGAUGAAAAAUCUGAAAAAAAUGAAAUUGAUCAAAUUACAGAAAUGGUUCCAAUAGAAAAAAGGUCGUUAUCUUGUGGAGCAAUGCUUAAUAAAUUUGAAAAGGAUUUUAUGAUUUUUCCUGAAUAUUUGGAGCUGGCAGAAAUUGUAAAUAUAAAAUCGUAUGUUGGCAAACUUGGUGAUGAUCUUGACAAAACAAGUAUUUUUAACUUUUUAAAAUUCACUGUUUAUUUUCUAAAAAAAGUUUUUGGGGGAUAAGAGUGAUUCGGGAAAUUUCUUUCUUUGAGGCUCACUGGACGUCUUCGACUUCUUUUUUUAAUAAUUUCUUUCGGAGAAUAAAAGAACCUUUAGUUCUUCCUUAAAUUCUGUCAUUUUUGAGAGGAAUGGGCGUUAGUUUAUUUUUUGAGGCUCUCUUAACGUCCUCAACUUCUGAAAAAUUUUUUAGACCUUCUGGAUGUCCUUCAGCCCUUUGAUGUCCCUGUGGCCUUCUUAACGUCCUCAACUUCUUUAAAAAAAAUUUUUGAAGCUUUUGGACGUCCUUAAGGUUCUUUGACGUC